AAAACAUUGAACGGAUUUCUGGAAACUGUUGUUCCGUUCUCGCUUCAACUCAUUUUCUUCGUCGGUGGCGACAUCUAGCGCGUUUUAUAUUCGCUUCGGCUGUGUACGUUCAAUAAGUGCCAAAGCAUGGUCACUAGCCGAACAGCUGAUUUGAAAAGGGACAUUAGAUUCCGAACAUCAUACACAUAAAUUACUUAAAUCGUAUUAUAUGACAAUAUGCCGCAAGCUUGCGAAAACAAGUGUUUGGAUGCCAAAGGAAAAAUUCUCACGAAACACAAUGUGCAGACGCUGCUCAAGCAAGUGGAAUGAGACAAAUUUCCGGAUGAAAUUAAAUCCUCAGCAGAUUACUUAUUCCGCCAAAGCGAAGAGACAAAUUGAAAAGUUAUAUGAUGCUAAAAGCGGGAUUGAAAACCGAAGAGCACUAACAAGGAAGCAGCGUAAGAGAGCCAAGUGGUUAAAGAAGCGUGUGAUGAAUAGCGUGGAAAUACAAUGCGAACUUUGCCAGCACAAGACGAGAAUAGAAAUGCAUAAACCAAACAAGAGAGAACCUAAGAGUGGUACAAUGAAAUGUAAUGCGGACGAAAAUGAUCUACCAGAAUUAAUAACUUCAACUCCUGUCACAGCUAAAACAAAAAAGAAAAAGAAUAAAAGCAAGGACAAAACAGCUGGAUUGAAAAUUGAAAAGGUGCAAAUGGUCACCACUAAGAAUGUCACCGCCAAUAUCGUUGAUAACAAAAAUAGAAUAAAUAAUAUCAAAAAACAAGAACACUCAGUUCCCAUAGCAAAUACACAACAGCCUCAUAAAAAAAGCAUCAUAAAAGCAGAUGUCAAAACCACGACCAAUCUAAGUCAGCCACUCAAGGCAAAAAAGCAAAAAAAGAAAGCGAAAACUUUUCCGACAGCUGCUGCACCCAAAAUACAAUCAAAAACGCAACAGCAAAACUCUAUACUACAAUUAGCAGCUUUACUUAAAGCUCAAAAUAAGCCAGGCCCAAACGCGACUCAAAAAAGAUUAGAAUCGUUACUAAAAUAGAAAGAUAACUAAUAUGUAAUUUGUAAUAUAAAAAUAAUCUACUGCCUGUUGUCUUACUUCUAUUCCUAGACCAAUAUUUAUGUAGUUCAAUUUAAAAUUUUUAAGCUAGACUUUGUUAAUACAUAAUUUAAGUCGUAAUAAAAAAACAUUAUUAUGCCAUUGAUUUUUAUGUCGAUUUUA